AUGAGGAGCGCGGGUGCGGCGGCCACCGUGACGCGGCUGGCGCAGCGGGUGGUGGCCCCGUCGGCGCCCACGCCCCGUGGCCAGCUCCCGCUCUCCUGGCUCGACCGCUACCCGACCCAGCGCGCGCUCAUCGAGUCCCUCCACGUCUUCAAGGGCCGCGCUGACGCGGACGCGGACGCGGAGGCGCCCGCCAGGGCCAUUGAGCGCGCGCUGGCCGCCGCGCUGGUGAGCUACUACCCCAUCGCCGGGAGACUGGCGGUCUCCAACGAGGGGGAGCUGGUGGUGGACUGUACCGGCGACGGCGUGUGGUUCAUCGAGGCCGCGGCCAGCUGCACCCUGGAGGACGUGGACUACCUCGAGUACCCGCUCAUGGUGCCCAAGGACGAGCUCCUUCCGCACCCCAGAUAUCCCCCCGAAUCUGACCCCCUCCCUGAGGACUCGCUCAUCCUCCUUGUCCAGGUGACGCAGUUCGCGUGCGGCGGCUUCGUGGUCGGGUUCCGGUUCAGCCACGCGGUGGCGGACGGCCCCGGCGCGGCUCAGUUCAUGACCGCCGUCGGCGACAUGGCGCGUGGGCACGCGGCGCCGCUGGUGGCCCCGGCCUGGGGCCGCGAGGCGAUCCCGAACCCUCCCGGCGCGGCGGUGGGCCCGCUCCCUGUCCCGACGGAGCUCCGGCUGCAGUACCUCGCCAUGGAUAUCUCCACGGACUACAUCGAGCACUUCAAGGCCCGGUUCCUGGAGCAGACGGGCGGCCAGCGGUGCAGCGCGUUCGAGGUGCUCAUCGCCAAGGCGUGGCAGUCCCGCACCCGCGCGGCGGGCUUCGCGCCCGGCUCCCCCGUGCACGUGUGCUUCGCCAUGAACGCGCGCCCGGCGCUGGCGCGCCUCGGCGGCCACGGCCUCCCGGGCGGGUUCUACGGCAACUGCUACUACAUCAUGCGCGUGUCGGCGCCGGCCGAGGCCGUGUCGGACGCGUCGGUGUACGACGUGGUGCGGCUCAUCCGCGAGGGCAAGAAGCGGCUGCCCGCGGAGUUCGCGCGGUGGAGCGCGGGGGACACCGACGGCGGGGUGGAUCCGUACCGGAUCACGUCGGACUACCGCACGCUGCUGGUGUCGGACUGGUCGCGCCUGGGGUUCGCGGAGGUGGACUACGGGUGGGGCUGCCCCGUGCACGUCGUCCCGCUCACCAACCUGGACUACAUCGCGACGUGCAUCCUGGUCCGCCCCUCCGCGCACAAGCCCGGCGCGCGGCUCAUCACGCAGUGCGUCGCCGCCGACGCCGUCGACGCCUUCCACAAGGACAUGAUGCGCCUCGACUGA